CAAUCUUCAAUUCUUCACCACCAAUAAAAUAAUGGACUAGGAGCUGAAGAUAAGAAAACAUCUCCUUGAGCUGGAGAGACAAGGUUUUUCUCUUGCCUGGAAGCCAUGAGAGAGUCAUCUUCUUGAAGAAAUUGCCUGCAACUGAUUCCUGACUCAGGAGAAUUUCGUAGUUAAACCUGCCUCCGGGCAAGGUUUAAUUUCCUUUCCUCUCCUCCUCCUCCUCCUCCUCCGUCCUGUGUAAGUUUCCGGAAUGACAAGGAGCCCAGGAUGCAGGAAAUUGUGGCUGUGAGUGGCACAACUGGUAAGAAUCUUGAGAUGUCUGUUCGUCCGGGAGGAGGACCAAUGGAGAAGAAAGGGACCAUCUUGAUGCAAAGGUACGAGAUGGGGCGGCUGCUAGGCCAAGGGACCUUCGCCAAAGUCUACCACGCGAGGAACAUCCGAUCUGGCCAGAGCGUUGCAAUCAAGGUGAUUGACAAGGAGAAGGUGCUGAAGGUCGGGUUGAUGGAACAGAUCAAGCGAGAAAUCUCUGUGAUGCACCUGGUUCAUCACCCAAAUGUUGUUCAGCUCUACGAGGUCUUGGCCAGCAAGAGCAAGAUCUAUUUUGCCAUGGAGUACGUGAGGGGUGGGGAGCUUUUCAACAAGGUAUCCAAAGGGAAGCUCAAGGAAGACGCCGCACGGAAGUAUUUCCAGCAAUUGAUCGGAGCCAUCGACUACUGCCAUAGCCGAGGGGUCUACCACCGCGACCUCAAGCCAGAAAACCUCCUCCUCGACGAGAAUGGCAAUCUCAAGGUCUCAGACUUCGGCCUGAGCGCGCUGUGGGAGUCCAGGAGGCAAGACGGUCUGCUCCACACUACGUGUGGAACGCCGGCCUACGUCGCACCGGAAGUCAUCAGCAAGAAAGGCUACGACGGGGCCAAGUCGGAUAUCUGGUCUUGUGGGGUUGUUCUGUUCGUCCUACUGGCAGGAUAUCUCCCUUUCCAUGACUCCAACCUCAUGGAGAUGUACAGGAAGAUAAGCAGAGGAGACUUCAGGUGUCCUCAGUGGAUCUCGCCGGAGGCUCGCAAGCUUCUCUCCAGGUUGCUGGAUCCUAAUCCAAGCACACGGAUCACCCUGGCUAAGGUCAUGGAGAACUCAUGGUUCAGGAAGGGAUUCAGACCCUUUCAGGCUCCACCAGUUGAAGAAGAUGUUCCAGCAAUCGACAGGGAUAUCAAGAAAGCCUUUGAGUCCAAUCCAGAUGACUGUUCCAAAGAGAAAUCCGAGGGAACAAGCUCCAUGAAACCGACCUGCAUGAAUGCAUUUGAUAUCAUCUCCUUGUCGUCGGGAUUCAACCUAUCUGGUCUGUUUCAACAAAGCGAGCACAAGCAGGAGGCUCGGUUCACAACAACAAAGCCGGCAUCGGCAAUCGUAUCCAAGUUCGAGGAGAUCGCGAAGAUGGAGAGGUUUAAGGUGAAGAAGAAAGACGGGAUGGUGAAGCUGGAAGGAAGCAAGGAAGGGAGGAAGGGGCACCUGGCCAUUAAUGCAGAGAUCUUUGAGGUUACACCUUCAUUUUACAUGGUGGAGGUGAAGAAAGCGUCUGGGGAUACACUGGAGUAUCAGAAAUUCUGCAACCAGGAGCUGAGACCUUCGCUCAAAGAUAUCGUGUGGACAUGGCAAGGGGUAGAUCAGCAGCAGGUGUAGUAGCAACGCGUUUAGCCUUUGUUAGUUGCGGAUUAGAAAUAGGCUGGUUGCUCUGCUCUGCUGAGUUUCUUUUUGUUUUGAAUUACUUAUUUCCCCGGUUAAUUUUGUUGUUAUAAUGUUGUUUUGUUUUCCUUCUUUUGAUUAAGCACACUUUCUCCUACAUGUACAGCGGGAGAUUGGUAUAUACUUAAGAUGUUUGAUUUCCAGCUUUGGGAACAGCCUGUGAAUGUGAGUGGCUGUUUUUAUUUUUUUACGUGGUAAUAACAAAAUACAGCUUUUUGUCUAUAUAUAAUUUGGUCUGUAAUUCACUUA